AUGGAAGCCGAGCUUGUUGCCGCUUUGGAGAUGGCACGCGAGUUGCUUGGACUACGUGAGAUGCUCAGCAAGUUUGGCGUGGGACUGGUAUUGCCAAUGAAGCGUUUUGUCGCCAACCAAGAGGUCAUUAUUCGUAUUUCAGGCUAA